AUGAUCCAGCUAAUCCUGCAAAAAUCCAUGCCUCCAGUUGCUAAACUCAGAGCAAAAUUAUCACCUGAGGAAGCAGAAGUCAAAAAUGAAGGCAUCUCUCCACCUCCUCAACCCCAGCCAUCUGCAAGCCAGGUUGAAAAGAAAGACGAGCCACAGAAAGCUGGGGCCAGCACCAAUGGAGGUCCAGCACCAAAACAAGAUACAGUUCCCAAAAAAGCACCUGAGCCUUCAGUACCUGAAAAAUCAGUUGAACCAGAUAAAGCAACUGAAAAGGAACAGGGUCAGCUCAGUGGUGAGAAAGAAGAUACCAACACACAGAAGGCACCACGUCAAGAUUUCCCAACAAAUGAGUAUGCCAAUGACCAACUUCAGGCGAUUGUCAGAAAAAUGCGGGAAAGGACAACAGUCUACAAAGAGAGGCUGACAGAUCCAGUGCUGUCCUCACCUGAAGGCACACCAUCAAAAAAGAAGCCUCCUCCUCCACCACCAAAAGAAGAAAAAAAAGAAGAAAAAAAAGAGGAAGCAGAAGCAAAGCCAGAGGAGGAUCAUUACUGUGAUAUGCUGUGUUGCAAGUUCAAAAAGCCUCCACUGAAAAAAUAUAUGGAAUAUCUGCAGCUACCAGAGAGCAUAGACUCGUACACAGAUCGUCGUUAUGUAGCAUGGCUCAUGCUUGUAACAGUCGCCUAUAACUGGAACUGCUGGUUUAUUCCCCUGCGGUUUGUGUUUCCAUAUCAAACCCCAAMUAAUAUGAUAUACUGGCUUGCCAUAGACAUCAUUUGUGACAUGUGCUACCUGUGUGACCUGUUGGUUUUCCAGCCCAGAGUGCAAUUUUUAAAAGGUGGAGAUAUCAUAACAGACAAAGUGGAAAUGAAGAAAUUCUAUCACAGCACCGUGAAGUUUCAGCUUGAUGUGCUAUCAGUGUUGCCCUUUGAAGUUUUAUAUUUCUUCUUCGGUUUUAACCCRGCGUUUAGAGCAAACAGGAUGCUAAAGCAUAACACAUUCUUUGAGUUUAAUGAUCGGUUGGAAGCUAUCCUGGAUAAAGCCUACAUCUACAGGGUCAUUCGAACAACUGGAUACUUGUUGUUUAUCUUGCACAUUAACGCAUGCCUGUAUUACUGGGCCUCGGACUAUGAAGGACUUGGCAGCACUAAAUGGGUGUACGAUGGAGAAGGAAACAUGUAUCUGAGGUGCUACUACUGGGCCGUUCGCACCUUAAUCACCAUCGGUGGUCUUCCAGAACCACAAACCCUGUUUGAGAUAGUUUUUCAACUGCUGAAUUUUUUCUUGGGUGUCUUUGUCUUCUCCAGCUUAAUUGGCCAGAUGCGGGAUGUAAUCGGAGCAGCUACAGCAGGACAGAACUACUACCGCUCCUGUAUGGACAACACGGUCUCCUAUAUGAACACUUAUUCCAUUCCUAAAGUGGUUCAAAAUCGUGUUCGAACUUGGUAUGAAUACACGUGGGACUCGCAAGGAAUGCUCGAUGAAUCUGAAUUGUUGGAGCAGAUGCCAACCAAAAUGCAGCUCGCCAUUGCAAUUGAUGUGAACUUUGCCAUCGUCAAUAAUGUUGACUUAUUCAAGGGGUGCGAUACUCAGAUGAUAUAUGACAUGCUGCUACGCUUGAAAUCCAUUGUAUAUUUACCUGGCGACUUUGUCUGCAAGAAGGGAGAGAUUGGCAGAGAAAUGUACAUCAUCAAACAAGGAGAAGUUCAAGUUCUUGGAGGCCCUGACGGUACAAAAGUCCUGGUCACACUAAGAGCAGGAGCUGUAUUUGGAGAGAUCAGCCUAUUAGCAGCAGGUGGAGGAAAUCGGAGGACUGCCAACGUGGUGGCUCAYGGUUUUGCCAACCUUUUCAUUUUAGACAAGAAGACCCUCAAUGAAAUCUUGGUGCACUAUCCUGAUUCAGAGAAGCUUCUGAUGAAGAAGGCAAAGGUGCUGCUGAAGGAGAAGGGGAAGCCGGCCCCAGCACCACCACCGCCCCGCGGCCUGGCCAGCCUGUUUGGGCAGAAGCAGGAGACUCCGAAACUGUUCAAGGCAAUGCUCGGCGGUAAAGGAAAAGCAGGCCUUGCUACGCUGCUGAAGCUGAAGAGAGAGCAAGAAGAUCAGGAAAAACAAGCUAAGGCAGAUGAGCAGAAGCUUGAACAAAAUGAGCAGAAACCCCCAAAAGAGGAUAAGAAGCCUCCAGAGGGUGCGGCCCCCUCUACACUCCCAGUGCAAAAGGAAAAGCCGGAUGCAGACGCUAAGCCAGCGAUGGAUGAAAAAAUCCCUAAGAAGCCUCUAAUCAUUAGCAUGGCUCCUUCCCCCAUAGCAGGAGAAGGAGAGAUUCUUAAGGUUGAAGUUGAAGAGAAGAAAGAGGAAUAG